CGCGGACGAGGAGGCGGGACUCGGUGCACCUAAACAGACGGAGGGGUUAUGCAUUGUGCACAGUCUGUCAGUGCUGCAUCCACCGAGGAGGCGGAGGAGGAGGAGGAGGAGACGACGAGGGCCACGCAUUAACCCCGAGCAGUGAAACGUGCAGGGAGGACCAAUCGGUCCUCAUCUCGGCACCGUUCGUUUUUCCUGGACGGUACGCGGUCGCUCGUUUUGUCGCCACCGUUUGCCGAAGCUCUGCCGGAGGGGGGCGAGAAAAAAGCGAUCUGGACUCGGAUCGGUCGGUGGCGGAAGGGACGUGAUAUGAACCCCUCAUCGGCUUAGGCGGCGGUGCAGCUAAAAUAGCACUGUUUUCCGUGUGGUGGGGGGGGAGGAGGAGGAGGAGGCGGGGGGCGGCCAGUUCACGGAGGAUCAGAGAGGACAUUUGUAUCCAUUAACCUGCAGCCCGAAGGCCGAAGAAGAAGAAGAAGAAGCAGGGGGAAAAAACACCCCCCUGGAACCUGUAGCGAUGCCCGGGUUUGAUUACAAGUUCCUGGAAAAGCCAAAGAGACGGUUCCAGUGUCCGCUCUGCAGCAAGGCGAUGAGGGAGCCCGUCCAGGUGUCUACCUGUGGACAUCGCUUCUGUGACACCUGUCUGCAAGAGUUUCUGAGUGAGGGUGUCUUCAAAUGUCCGGAGGACCAGCUACCGUUGGACUAUGCCAAGAUCUACCCAGACCCAGAGUUGGAGCAACAGAUCCUGGCGCUACCCAUCCGCUGCAUCCACAGUGAGGAGGGCUGCCGCUGGACCGGCCAGAUGAAGCAGCUGCAGGGCCACUUCUCCACCUGCGCCUUCAACGUGAUACCCUGUCCCAACCGCUGCUCCGUCAAGCUGACUCGCCGCGACUUGCCCGACCACCUGCAGCAUGACUGCCCCAAGCGCAAGGUCAAAUGCGAGUUUUGUGGCAGCGAGUUCACCGGUGAAGCCUACGAGAACCACCAGGGUGUGUGUCCUCAGGAGAGUGUUUACUGUGAGAACAAGUGUGGGGCGAGAAUGAUGCGUCGUCUGCUGUCCCAACACGGCUUGGCCGAGUGUCCCAAACGCACCCAGCCCUGCAAGUACUGUGGCAAAGAAUUUGUUUUCGACACAAUCCAGAACCACCAGUACCACUGCCCUCGGUUUCCUGUCCAGUGCCCAAACCAGUGUGGCACGCCCAACAUCGCUCGAGAGGAUCUGGCUAACCAUGUCAAGGACAAUUGCGGCAGCGCACUCGUUCUGUGCCCCUUCAAAGACGCUGGCUGCAAACACAGGUGCCCCAAACUGGCGAUCGGCCGUCACCUGGAAGACACCACCAAGUCUCACCUGACUAUGAUGUGUAACCUGGUGGGGCGUCAGCGGCAGGAGAUCCUGGAGCUGCGGAGGGAGAUGGAGGAGUUGUCUGUCAGUCACGACGGGGUUCUCAUCUGGAAGCUCAGCGACUACUCACGCAAACUCCAGGAGGCCAAACUCCGAAGCAAUCACGAGUUCUUCAGCCCGCCUUUCUACACUCACCGCUACGGCUACAAGCUGCAGGUGUCGGCAUUCCUGAACGGCAACGGGAGCGGCGAGGGCUCCCACCUCUCCGUCUACAUCCGCGUGUUACCCGGAGAGUACGACAGCUUGCUGGAGUGGCCCUUCUCCUACAAGGUGACUUUCUCCAUCCUGGACCAGAGCGACCCGUCGCUUUCCAAACCCCAGCACAUCACGGAGACCUUCAACCCCGACCCCAACUGGAAGAACUUCCAGAAGCCCAGCAGCAGCCGCAACUCGCUGGACGAGAGCACCCUGGGCUUCGGCUACCCCAAGUUCAUCUCUCACGACGAGAUCAAGAAGAGGAAUUACAUCCGAGACAACUGCGUCUUCAUCAAGGCUUCUAUAGAGAUUCCCCAGAAGAUUAUGACUUAAGAUCUGACGUUUGCUAACAAUUUUUACAAAAGUGAAACAUGGAGGGGACGCUUAACCUUGAAACUAACACUUUUACCCUUUAGAUACUUUCUGCCCUUACAGCUUGUCCACCACAGAGCGAGUCUGUUUGGCGGUGUGAGCUGACUCGGAGGACCUUGAUGCAUCACAGAGGAGAUAUUGUUUGGUCUGCAGAACCAUCACUCUCUGGUGUUUCUUUUCAUUAUUAUUGUUUAAAUCUGUUUGCUGACCUUUUAUCACAGUCUACAACAAAAAAGCCUUGGAAAUCAAACAGUGCCUAGAGAGAUUAUCUUAAGUUAUAUUUUUGUUGUUAUUUCCGCAGUAGAAAUGUUAAAGAUUAUGGAAGCGGUAUGAAUAAACAAACGGGGGGCGAGGGGCUUCACGUAAGCCACUGCACUUGGGGAUGAGAGAAAGUCAGACUGUGGUGAGAGACUUGCUGUUGAUCUAAAGAAGGGGAAGCUCAGCAGACUCAAGCGACUGCCUUUGUCUACGUGCUUAUACAGUAGACCCCCAGUGAUCCGUUAACAAACACAGAGCCGUUGGUAAGGAAAUGCACGAAGUCUGUGUACAUUAAAACAAUGUUUUCAAGUGAGGAACUUGCAGCUUCAAUCUUGGUAAUUUUUGUGUUUUUAAAGGAAUGGUAUUACACUUUGGUUGUGUUGAAUGAGAAGAUCAAUAUCACUCGCGAAUCUGUGUGACCAGCAGCCAAGUAGCUUAGCCUAGCAUAAAAACAAGAAACAGGGAAGCAGCUAGCGUGGCUCUGUCCAAAUAUAAUACAACCCAUCUAGCAGCAUCCGUGAAGCUCACUAAUCAGCCACUGUAUGUGUCAUUUGUUGAAUACAUUCAAACUUUUUUGGUCAGAACCAGACUACCUGAGGCCUCACGAUCAUAGUCUUAAUGCUAAGCUAGGCUAGGCUAACAAGCUGCUAUGGAAAUGGGAUUCUUACCAUUUAAGUUUUCCCAACAAUGGGAGAGUGGUAUUUAUCUUCCAUCUAAGCAAAAAUAACAAAUAAACACAUUUUCCAAAAUGUCAAACUGUUCCUUGAGAAUAUAAGUUAUUAAUAAAACAUGCCUCUCAUAAUACUGACAAAAGCCUGACCAAUGUUGGAAACUGUCAAGAUCAACCAAGCUUUUUAAUUGUAUUGUUUUGAGUGGACAGGUUUUUUACCUGACAACAUGAAAGCUACAUAUCUAUCUCCUCUAGUUAUCUGCUCCCAUCACAGUGUCCGUGACUUUGUGUUUGUCAGUAGUGCAUCCCAGUCGUGAAUAGCUUCAGGGGCAUGCUCAUGUACCAAACGCACACCUCGUAGUGACCCUUUGAGGCUGCGUGUCUGUUGUGGACUCCACCAAUACGGAAGAAAAAAAAAAGCACCUUUCGCCGGUCUUAAGAUGAGCAGAGCAGACAAAGAGGCCAGUUGUUGGAAACUUGCAUUUAAUAGUGAAGAAAAAGCCAUGUGGCCUUUUUAUACAGUAUGUCUUCGCAUGAGGGUUUUGGGGGUGAGCAGGGCAACAUAAACACAUGCAUGCUUCAUGUGCUACCACCUGGACCACAUUUUUGUACUGUAACCUGUAUUCUUGAAGUCCUCUCCCGUGGAUGGCUAUAUGGUCUCUUUUUAUUUGGACCGUCUGAAAGUUGACUUAUGGCAAAAUGUUUUUUCGUUGUCGUUUUUUUAUAACAGAGAAAUGUGAACGCUGUUGGUAAUAACCUAUAAGUACAUGAACACUUGGCUGUGAAGUGUAUUGUUUUACAAAGCCUCGGUAUGGGUGGUGUACUGUUUGAAAAGGUGGUUCAUGACAUGGUCUGUGCAAAUAAGUGUGUGACUCGGAACUAACCACAAUUUGUGGUUGUUCCCACGGUCGUCUGUGUCUACCGAUCCGGCUCGGCACGCGCUCCGACCAUUUAGAGGGAGUCUCCAUCACUGCACCAUCACAGCAGCAUCACAGCGGCGGAGGACUUUGAUGAUACAGUAACACUCAUGACAUAUGUGAAUACUAAUUGUAAAAAUGCAGAAGCACAUUCUGUUUUUUUAUUAUUAUACAUGAAAAAACUCCUGAUUUCUUGUCAUAAUGCCAGCUGAUAUUUUACAGUGAUUUAAAGAGGUGAGAAGAUAAAAAACUUUUUUGUAAGAUUCUGUAUUUUUAAAAACACUUGGCUGUUUUAUACAAACACUUUUCUUUGGAGAGUCGGGGUUGACUUUGGGAAUUUUAGACCCUUUCGUCUCUUUUGACAUUUGGAUAAUUUGUUUGUACUUGUGGUUUGAGCCUCACAUAUUCUGUCUGUAUUAUUUCCUCUUAAAAUUAUUUAUUUUAAGGAGCCGUCGUGUGAGUUUCAACAGAUGGCAAAAAUGUUUUAAUAUGUUGAUUGAUGAGUGCUUGUCAUUUUCUUAAUUGAAAUAAAAUACCAUAUAUUAUA